CGUUUCCUUUCAAUCUUCUAUUGUGAUUCUGGCAAUCAUAUACCGCACAAUUUGGGAUUUUUACCUUUCAAGUAUUCAAAUUCCCGUUAGAUACCAUACUAAUCCAGCGCCAAUAUCGUCUGCAGUAUCUCCAACGUAACGUAUGUACGCAGAACGAGAAAAAAAUGUCGGCGGUUCUGGCAGACUUGUAUAUACUGGCCAUGUUACGCUGUGAAGAAGAUAAUAUGUGUUCCAGCCUUACGUUUACCGCCAAGGUCAUACGGAAUGGAUGACGAAAAAUUAAUAUCGUUAGUUAAGUCCUGUAGCUGUCUGUACGACAGAAGUAAUGCUGACUUUAAGGAUGCAAACAAAAGGGAUCGAGUGUGGGCGACCAUUUCAAUGCACAUGGGUGUAUCAGCGGACAACUGCCAGUCGCGCUGGCGCAUGCUGAGGGAGAAGUACACUCGCGAGAAGAAGAGCGAGUUGAGUAGCUCGCCCGAGGAGAUUGCAGCACGUCCUCAGUGGCUCUACAUGGAGCAGCUGGCCUUCUUGGAGCCACACAUCCGCCACAGGAACCGCAGGUUCGUGGUGCGCAAGGCGCUGCAGAGCGGCGACGACAAGAAACUGGUGCGGCAGCUGGAGGCGGAGGAGCUGGAGGAGAACAUAGAGGUGGUGCCGGUGCUGCCCGAGGAGGACCUGGACGAGGCACCGGCGCUGGAUCAGCGGGCGAGUCGCCCCGAGCGCUCCACCACGGCCGUGCUGUGGCGCCUCAUCGACGAGCUCAGCUCCGCGCAGGACGACCGCGAGGACCGCGACGAGCUGUUCGGGCGCAUGGUGGCGAGCGAGCUGCGCAGUGUGCACGACCCCAGCGUCAAGAAGAGGAUGAAGUUUGAGAUCCAGACCAUCCUGUUCGGGGACCCCGAGUAGCGCACCACGCCGGUUUUGGGUGCCAGAUAGAUGUGUUAUGAAUGCUUCCCUUGACUGUGCUGAAUACAAGAGACUACAGUGUAUAUUGAGUGUGCAAACCAGUAGACUUGGGUGCAGAAGAUCUUAAGCUAAGAGGUGCAGCAGACUCUCCUGUUGCCCAUGAAGUGGCCUCAGACACACACAAAGAGUGGCUUUCUUUUUUUAAAGAAGAGCCUUUCUUCAGAAAAAUUUGACAAUGAAGUGUAUAUACCAUAGACAAUGACUGUAUCAUAUAGUAGAACAACCACCCAUUUACAGAGUUUAGUCAAACCUCAUUUUGGAAUUCAUAAUUGUUUAGUAAUAAACUCUUUAAAAUGCAAA